AUGCAUGUGAAUGGUUAUGAACAUCAGAAUUAUUCUUUGGCUGUAGCAUGUGCUGAAGCUGGAGUAACACUGAUUUCACCAUUUGUUGGUCGUAUCUUUGACUGGUUUGUUCAGAAUACAGGUCAAAAAGAGUUUGACUACCUUGAGGAUCCAGUUGUGAAAAGUGUGACACGUAUUAAUAACUUUUACAAGAAGUUUGGCUAUCAAACAGUCGUCAUGGGAGCCUCCUUCCGAAACACCAAUCAAAUCAAAGGUCUUGUUGGUUGUGACCUACUAACAGUAUGCAAUAUCCCUUUCACUACUGGAUAAACUGUCUAAAUCAACAGUUUGGAGAAUAGCUGAGAAAAAAAUCAGGUAAAUUAUAAUGAUAUAGCAAUAACCAAAAUAUAAAGAUGAUGACUUAUUUCUGUAUGGUUUUAAAUAUGAUGAAGUUGAUGUACAAACGUGGGAGGAAUACUUUUUUAAAAUCUCAUUUAGCGGCUUCAACCUUGAAGCACACGGAUGUUGUUGGCCCUUAAUACAUAAUCAUUGCUAAAGGGAUAAAACCCUAAUUAAAAUAGCAAAAUAUUUUUUUGUUCCAGAACAUUUUAUUCUGUUUAUGUACAUUAUUCAUGUGUGUUAAAUAACAGAGACAUUCUAUAUUACAUCUUUUUCGGGAAUCAACCAGAUAAUAAUGGAUCCAAUAUAAUUUUACUGUUAGAAAAUUUUAUAAAAAUAUUUCAUAAGAUAUAGAUUUAUACCCUUUAAAAGAGUUAUGUCCCCUUUAAAGUAAAUUUUUGAACAAUUCUUGGUUUCUGCAGGGCAACUUUGGAAGGAUUUAUCUUGAAUGCAUAGUUUUGCCUGUGAUACUUUUUUUAUUUAAAAUGUCCCAUUGGGCAUAUGUUGUCCUGCCUCACCGCUAGCUGAGCUCUCGUUAUGGGUUGUUGAGGUUGGCAAAGGGUGGCAAAUAAGUUUUCCCUUGUCUGCCAAUGCCUUCCACAGUACUGCUGUCACAUUGUCUGUUGGCACACUUACAAACUUUAUUGCAUAUUGUUGGUUUUUACGUAUGUUGUCUUUUAUUAAUGGUUUAGAUAAACUGCAUCAGAAAGUUGCCAUAUGACCUACAUUUGGUAGUAUAACUUUUUACCCAAAAGAGAAUAAAAUCUCAAAUAUUAUAAGAAAUUGUGUGUUCAUUCAGAAAUACCUUUUCAUGCUUAGCAUCUUCAAGUAUACAUGUAUGUAUAACAUAUAUAAAUGUAUAAACCACUUUAUCCACUGCCAUAUUUCCUAAAAAAACCUGGGAGCUUUAAUAUUGUUUCACAGUUAUAGCUUUAUUGUUUCAUAGUUAUUCCCCUUUGCUUUGUGUAUUUUUUUAACAAGAUGCUGAGCAUCUUGCUUUAUAUUCAUGAAUAAACAUUCAUAAAUAAAAAAGUAAAAAUAUUUCUAUAUCAUAUCACAUAUCAUUUUAUGGUUCAGAAGUCAUAAAGAAGGGAAAUUAACUUGAUAAAUGUUGUUGGUAAAUUAACUUU